UGUUUAUUACCUAGAAACUGGGCGCAUCCGACAGGGUGAGAGUUCUGACGUAUUGUAUGUGGGAGGAUUUCGCCACCGAGCCACAUUUUUUUUUUCGCAGAAUAGAGAUUACCCCAAGACACAAAAAUCAACUUUCGUUUCUGGGAUCUGCAUAACUGAAGCUCACAAACAACUACAGGAAGUCAUGGCAGUCCAGCAGCAGGUUACCACAGUGGUGUCGCACACUGCAUACAGUUCUGGGACCUGGACCACAGGGAUCUGUGACUGUUGCUCUGAUAUGAGCACUUGUUGCUGUGGUCUGUGGUGUUUCCCAUGUUUGCAGUGUCAGACUGCUUCUCAGUUUGGAUGGUGUUUCUGCAUGCCCCUUCUGGACUGCUGUCUGGUUGUCUCCUGCUGCCUUCGUAGCAAGAUGAGAGAGCGCUACAGCAUUCAUGGCUCAUGCUGUGAUGAUUUCUGUUCUGUGUGUUGCUGCUACCCCUGUGCCUGGUGCCAAAUGUCACGUGAAGUUAAGAUUCGCGCUCGCGCUGGCACCGGUGCCACUGUAGUCACUCAGCAGGUUGUUGGCUAACUGGUCUUCUGCUGUUUGAAAAUUCCAAUGCUAAAUCUGUGCAUUAAUGCUUCUAUUGCAUAUUGUUCACCUUUAUUUUGAUUUCUUAAGUUCUGAUCAAACAAUAACAAAAGUAAAUACAAAUUGAUGUCUGUUAUAGUAACCAGGAUUAAUGACUUGCUUAUGUUGCUUUAGCUUUGUAUUUUCCUCUUGCAACAUAAUGUUUGUAUGUUUUCAUAAAUAAAGCAUACAGCUAGUGUUAAAGACA